UGCCACACAUCAUGUCGCGGACCCAGCAAGAUCAGUUCAUCGACGACGAUGAGGAAGAGACAUGUCCUCUCUGUGUAGAAGAGUUUGAUCUAUCAGAUCGAGGCUUUCGACCAUGCGUCUGUGGCUAUCAGAUCUGCCAGUUCUGCUAUCACAACGUGCGCAACAACAUGAACGGCCUCUGUCCUGCCUGUCGCCGUCCAUACGAUGAUGCCAACAUAGAGUUUCGCAAGCCUGGCCCCGAAGAGUACACAUCCCCGUCCAACUGCUCCUCUUUACCCAUCGCUAACACCCCUCCCAGGGAAGCCCUCUGGAGAGCCAAACAAGCUGCCAAGCANAAGAAACAGUCUGCCGCCGCCCAAAAGNNGGAAGCUCAGAAGCGCGAGGCCGACACUCUCUCUCGCAAGCAUCUCGCUGGUCUGCGCGUCGUGCAAAAGAACCUGGUCUAUGUGACUGGUUUGAGCCCCAGGGUGCAGGAAGAUAGAUUGCUCGAGACUCUUCGCGGAGAUCAAUACUUUGGUCAAUACGGCAAGAUUGUCAAGAUAGUCGUCAGCAAGGCCAAAGACAACAUCAAUCCCCAGUCUGUCGGCGUCUACGUCACCUACGCCCGCAAGCAAGAUGCCGCCUCCUGCAUUGCUGCCGUCGAUGGCUCGCAAAACGGCGAUCGCGUUCUAAGAGCCCAGUUCGGUACCACCAAGUACUGCUCGGCCUACCUUCGCAACGAACAAUGCACCAACCGCAACUGCAUGUUCCUCCACGAACCUGGCGAGGAAAACGACAGCUUCACCCGCCAAGACUUGUCUUCGAUGAAUGUCAUCUCAACCCAGCAUCCGCAAGCACCCUCGCAACCAACUUCGCAGCCUCCACCGCAAAGCCAACAGCCUGUCGCCGCUGCUCACACCCUCUCUAGGCAAGACUCGCAAUACAUUCCUCCCAGCCCUAGUGUUGAACAUGACGGUCCUGCACUGCCAUCGACUGCCAGCUGGGCGUCCAAGGCUCCUCAGAUGAGCCGCACAGCUAGCAGUCGCUCUGUCUCACUCGUUUUGCCUAAAGAACCAGCUAGGGAAAAGCCCAAGCCUGAGCCCCAGCCUCAGCCUCAGCCUCAGCCUGAACCCGAACGCGAACCGUCUCCUUCUCCAGAGCCCGAAGAGCCUGCAACUCCCAGCCCGCCUCCAGCUCCUAUCGCACCUAUCAAGAAGAAGAAGCCGACUGUCGAGGAUCCUCUCACCCAUAUGUUCAAGGCUUUCCAGUCUUUCGAUCUCAAGUUCCAAAUGUCCAGCAAGACUUUGGAGGACAGCGGCAUCGACUUCGACUAUUUCCCUCCGCUAUUCGACCCUCAUGGUGGAGCCAAGAGACGUGCAAUGAGACAACGCGAAGAGGAGGAAGACGAGGAACGCAGACGAUUGGAAGCUGAAGCUCAACUAGCUCAACAGACUGUGAACAGCGUCGAAGACGAAAAUGGUCCUGAAAUUGGUGGUAGCAUGCAACUCGGAGGUGAGCCCGAAGACACCAUGGGCCGCGGCCAGUCUCCACAGCACGCCAUCGAACCUCCCUCGCGCACCAACUCGGUCAUCGAUGGCGGAUUCCUCUCCAACGAGCUGUCGAACUUGAGCAUCACCGCUCCCAACUUGACCGCUCAACAACGCCAGCAGUUGCUUCUCCAACAGUUCAAGACGCCUUCCACUGCAUCUUCUCAACCUCCCUUCCAGCCACCACCUGCUGCUCCGGCUGGCCACGCACGUAAUGUUUCACGAUACACGUUCGCAAACGACUCCAACACGGCUUCAGCUGCCGUCAAGCCUGUCGCCAACGCCAAACUCAUGAACCAACAAUCUUCUAUGAUGCCUUCUCAGUCUUCCUUCCAGCAGCCCCCUCCCAGCGGAUUCUAUAGCAAUGUCCAGGGACCUCCUCCCGGCCUCAAAACCACUGGCACUCCUCCUUUCAGCGGAGGUGGCAUGUUUGGCCAAGGUCAUGGUUUUGCAACAAGCGGCUUGGGUUAUGGCGCCAACUUGACUGGUCGCAACCCUAACGACGAAAUGAUGAGAGAUCUUUUGAGAAGCCGCAACCUCGGUGGCGGUGCCCAGAUGUCAGAUGCCGCAAAGCGUGAGUUAUUGUUUCCUUCUUUCUUACACCAGCACCCCACCAGUUCCACUCCAGUCCCAGCCCCUGGUCUUCUGAAUCUUCCCUAUGGCACUCAGCCUCAGGCCUUUCAAGACAAUGUCCAGAAGNNCCCAAAAGAAGGGCAAAAGCACAAACAUGCUAACACUUCCUCCUCUGGAGGUGGUGUAGUUGAUGUAGCAGACCCGAGCAUUCUUCAGGCAAGACUGCACCAAGCCGGUCAAAUCGGAAACCAGGGGCUCUUCACUGGUCAUGGACAAGGUGGGUUGCACAAUGUGUACGGCAGCGCCGACGCUGACAUCUCAGACAUAACAUCUCUUGGUGGUGCAGCUCAUCUUUCAUCAGAUCUUUUCGACGAACCCGGACGAUCAACCCCACCAGUGCCUCCCGGUCUGGAAGGUCUUGGUCAGUCUUUGCCGCCUCUUGACUUUGACGAGGAAGAUGAUGUCCCUAGACGUUCGACGCCCUCGAUCCCUCCAGGUUUCACGGCUCCAGUGAUUGCCCCUCUCAAGGACGAUACGUCCACUUCCCUUCCAACUUCGCGAUCCAGUUCGAGAGCAAGUCUCAGACGCGGCAACUCUCAGAUCCUUCCCGCUGUCCCAGUGCUAUCUGGCACACCAUCCCGAGCUCCCACGCCAUUGAGACAUGAGACCAAACCUUUCGCCAACGUCAUUGAUGACUUUGCCACGCCUACCAGACGCGGAAGGUCCGAAUCACAUCUUGCCAACGUUGAGUAUGCCGAGAGUAACGAUACAGCUCCCGGCGCCGAAGUCGAAACCCCAUCGAAGGCUGAUAUCAAGGCGGAGAAGGCCGAGGCAAAGAAGGCAAAGAGAGCCGAUAAGGCAGCCAAGAAGGAAGCUGAGAGGCUCGAAAAGGCCGAGAAGGCCGCUGCUGCAGCACAUGCUGCAGCUGAAGCGAUUGCUCAGAAGAAUGCCGCCGAAAAGCUCGAGAAGGCAGCAGCUCAGGCACAGUCCUCUAACGCUCAGGCGGAUCCACCAGGUGCUUCUAAGGAAGAGAAGAGCAAGGCAGCAACCAAUACAGUCGAUCUUGUCAAGGACCUGACACCAGCUGAAGCUGCCGCCGCGGCCAAAUCGGCUGCAGGUGAGACCGUUAGUAAGAAGAAGCAUCCUGGAAAGAUUGACAUUACAGCUGCUGUUCUCAAGGGUGGUGAAGUCCCUACUUCUCUUACUUCGACCCCAGUGAAGAGCGAGAACAUUCCGCGCACCACUUGGAACACGAUCCCUGCUACAUCGCAGUCCCAGCAUAGCAUCAGAUUCAGCCAAAAGGUUACAGCUCCGCGUACCCUGCGUCUCACAACAGCUCUGCCUCCACCUGCACCUGUCGUUGCUCCUGCAAUCCGCACACUCCCUGCUGCAGCAUCUCGCAUGCCAUCGAGACAGCCCAGUGUUGCUUCUAUCCAAAUUCCAGGCACUCCCAGCAGCGAACACAUCUCCGACGACGUUUCCAUCACUUCCACCUCACUCUCUCGUGCAAACACGCCACCUCCACCAACUUCUACCAGAGUCGGCUCGGCUUACGUUCGCCAGAACACAAAGAGUCAACAGAAGAAGAUGCGCCAAGAAAAGGCCAGACAAAUGACAGAAGAACUCUUGGCCAAGGAUACUCAGACCGUUUCGGAACCCAUCCAGGAGGCCAUCACCAGCCGCAAGAAGAAGUCCAAGAGAGACAAGCCCUCGACCCCUGCUGCAUCUACGCCCGCUGCGUCCACACCAGUCCCCUCGCGCCCUGCCUCUCCUCAGUUGAAGGCCCAGCCCGAGGAACCACCAAAGGUAGAAAAACCCGCCACGCCCGUCAAGGCCGAGACUCCUCCCCCUCCUCCACCCGCUCCCGUCACUCCGGUCAAAGCCCCUACUCCGCCACCUCCAGCAGCGCUGACUCCUGCCUCUCUCAUUGCAGAACUGCGCAGCGAACAUGGCACUAUAGCCGGCGCUUUCGAUGCUUUCUUCCGACCCUUUGCCCAGACCGUUGCACACUACAAGCCCACCCAACAACCAACUGCCGCCGACUUGAUUCCCGAAAACGCAAUUCCACCCCAUUCGCCUGAGCUCAAGAAGGAAGACAUUGAUGUCUUGCUUUCAGGACGCGCCUGGCGCCCUAAGACCAACGAGCAGCAGCGUCUCUGGGAACGUCUUGUCAUUUCACCCAGCGGUACCAUAAUUCGUCACAUGGAGCCUCAGCUCGAGGAUCGCUUUCUAGCAAUGGAAGCCAUGAACCGUCAAUUGCCAGAGAACCAGAAAUUCCACCCUAUUCAGCACAGCAACACCCCUACUGAUGUUGACUUCCCUGCCGUGGACCUCGCUCUUCUGCGUCGCGAGAUUGAGGGUGCAUCCAAUGGAAACCGUCACCGCAGCGCCAACGCUAUGGAGAAGGCUGUUGAGGAAGGCAGCAAGAAGGGUAGCUUCUUGGUUGAUACUGCUGGCAAGUACGUCAACGAGUUUAUCAUGCCUCCUGUUCCUCUCAGUCCCCCAAGUGAGAAGGCUAUCAAGGAAGAGCAGCAGAGAGACAAGAACCACAUUCUCAGUGUCGAAGACUUGGAGCGCAGACUUGCCGAGGCGAGACGCUUUGCUGAUGACAAGGAGGCCGGUCUACGUCGUCUGGUUAAGAGAAACAGAAAAGUCAUCGGCCUGACUCAC